UUGGCAUAAAGAUAGACAACUGUUUUUAAACAACCGUAUCGAAUAUAGGAAAGCGACUUGGCCUUUUGAAAAGGACAGAUAAAUUUCUGACUGAUCUAAACUGAGAACUUUGUUUUUCAACUCACUUAUCCAGCUAAUACUUGCCUACGGGCGUUGUUGUGUGGGGAACAUGCAAUGAAGCAAACAAGCCGCACGUCCAAGACGUAAUCAAUUUACAUAAACGAGGGGCCAAACUAAUCGUAGACAAAAAAUGAGACACCCCCCUUGGGGCCUUAAUUUAGAGACCUUAACGUCAUGCCAUGAUUUGAUAAAAGAUAAGUAAUUAAAAAGUCCCAGUAUCUCAGUACAGCUUUUCUAUUUUUGGAAAUAUUUUGAUCCGCGAGCCACAACAAGCAAUUACCCCAUCACGGAGCAAAUUUAGAGUCACAUGACUUGAGGCUUGUUUUCAGGAACUUUCUAUAUGAGAAGAGUAGUCUUGCAUGCGUCGCAGCCGCUCUAAACCUUCUGUAUAGAGCGUCUGCAAAUUUGUCGCAAAGACAUAUGUCAGCGUUUUUGAUUGGCUAGUUUCUAAGGGCUAAGCUGCUCUGUUGCUUCAGGAAGGCCAAAAUGAGAUCCCAUGUCUAUUAAGAGUUUUUCAACUUGAUUGCCUUGGCCCGUGAACCCGUAAGGUACGUGGGGGGCGCAAAGGAGAGACAAAUGACAUAGGACUCCUAUGUGCUUACUCCGUUAAAAAUGAUUUUUAACACUUUCUGUCAAAGAGUACGCCUGCUAAUUUACUGUAAGAGAGAUUUCCAGGAAAAGCCAAACAUCAGGGUGACAUUUUUCUUCUGCAAAACUAGGUGAAAUUUGUUUAAUCGUUACCCAUUUUCAGUUUGCGUGCCACCAUAGUCAUUCUCCAACAAAAGAACUUAGUUUAGAAGAUAAUUUUCAUGGUUCAUAACAAACAAAAGUUCCUGUUUGACGCUUGCUGUUAGCCACUAAAACUAAUCUGUAACUCUUCAAUUUUUAACAGUUCUGAAGAAUCUUUUCUUAACUCGUAAAUUGAAAAGUUUGGCUCAAAGUUUUAACUCUAAAUCGUAGAGAGAGAUGAUGAAGGUUAAAUUUCCUGAACCCCUAAAGUUUAGUUUCAUAUUAAGUAAAAGCAGUUAAAAUGGAUGCUUUCAUUCUAUUUCUCCGAAAAAAUAGACUGCUGGCAGUCCACCUUUUCUCUUAAAAUCUGUCUAGUUCUUGUCUAAUCCAGCGCGAUUGCAAACCACGAUAUAUUAUUAUUUAGGGAUUGAGACUAGACGAGAAAAGACGGACUGCUGACUCUUUUGUGGUACACAAACCCUUCGUCGGCCCAGAAACGGAGUAACCGAUUGGUCAAUUGCACAGCCGUUGACAGAUCAUUGACUGAUCUGCGGUGAGAUUGUAAACAAUAAAAAAAGUCACGCGUCACAACCAACUGCAAACAAUACCAAACCAAGCAGAAUCUCAGCAAUAUAAAAGUUUUAGGAUAUCUUACAGAAGGAAACUGCUGUAAAUUUCCUCAAGGGAAACGAAUUCAAGGCAAUCUUACCGGAUUUAAAGAAAGUGUAAUUUUCUCAGUUGUUUAUGUUCUGUUUAUAAAUCGUUUCAAGUUACUCAGGUUUAAUUGAUGAAUAAAUUACCUUGACAGCUUCGUUGUCCCCGGACAGAACAAAAGAGUCAGCAGUCUCUUAUUUUUUCUUCUCGGGCUUUACGCCCUUAUUUCGCGGUUUCGUGCAGAAACUUUGCAAAGAAAAAUAAGAGACUUCUCGCAGUCUACUGAAAAAACAAAACGGGUUGUGUUGACUUUGUUGAGCCUUUUGUCAGUGUUUCAGCUUUGUGUUAUUAUUCACCUCCACUUACGAUACAAUAUACCAUACCAACAUAUGGUUUUGUUUCGAACCUCUGAAAAUAAUUAAGUGCAAGAACUCAACCUUUCAAAUUCUAGUUGGGAAAGCUUUCUACGACAAGGUGUUGAGAAAGUAUCUUUUGUCCUUAUAUCGUGCUAUUGUCCUGCUAGGAAGUCUGCUCUUGUCACUACUCCCCUUUAAUUUAAUUUACCAGAGAAAUUUAGUUUUUGUUCAGCAGAUUAACUUGCGACUAAGAAGCAUCUCUUUGUUAAGCUAUUUCCAUGAAUUAUAUCAGCGGAAAUAGGAUAAAUAAGUUAUUUUUCUUUUGUAAUUCUCAAUCUGGAAGUUUCCUAGUUUUCUACCAAUGCGAUCCCAGAAUGUGCAUUGCGUAACAAACAAAGGGCCAUCAAAUUAACCAAUCAAAAGCGGUCAAGUCAAACGUGAUCCCCACAUCUUGUAAACGUGAGUGGCUACUUCAGUAAUAAAUUCGAAAUCAAUUUUUUUUGGGAGUCACUACAGCCAUAGCAACUUGUUUUCAGGGGAACAGCUAUUCCAAAAUACGUAUUUGUGAUGGCAUGAUAACACUCUUAAAUUUAUUUAUUCAUUUUAUUUAGUCACUCACAAAACCUAAUACAACAUGAACA